AUGAAAAUUACAAAUUGUAAAAUUGGAUCGAUAACUUAUUUAUUUAUUAUUUUUUUAUUUUUAUUAUAUAGUACAAAUGCGAUUAAUGUUAGAUCAAGUAAAUCAAUUAAAAAAGAUGUAAAUAUUUUAGGAGUAGAUUUAUCAUAUUCAUUAUUAGAGAUAGAAUUUGAUGAUGAAUUUUUUACAUAUGAUUCAUUAGCAUGUCCAAAUUUUACAUGUGAAUCAACUACUGCUAUCGAUUGUUCUUGUGACUAUUCGAAUAUUGAAGAUUGUCCAAAAGUUAAGGGUAGGGAUAAGUCAUGUCCACCAUGUCCAGAAACAUUUUUAGAACAAAUUACAGAAGGACCUAAUGGAUACUUAGGAGGUGCAUUUUGUAAUCGGACUGUCUGGAUCAACGGUACUAAAUUUGAGCCAUUGUCAAAGAAUUGGACAGUGAUCGAAUUAGAUAAACAAUACUCAUACACUACGAAUAAAGUCAUGCAAUUUAGGAUAAAAGCAGACACAAAAUCAUGUAUGGGUAUGAUGCUAAAAGUAUCACCAACUCAAAACUACCCAAUCUCUGCAUUUGGCUCAGUACCAUCUUUCGAAAUGGCAAGAUUCGUCUCUGGCUCAAAACUUGAAACUAAUGCAGUCUACAAUAUAUGUCCAUCCGAUAAUUGGAAUAGAACUCAACAUUAUACAUACACUAAAAGUUGGACAAGAGACACCUAUUUCAUAAUGAUCGAUCCACAAUCAGUCCUAUCAACUUUUUCUUUAAUUCUAAGAUCAAAAAAAGUUGAACCUUUAUUAUUAUCACCAUCAUCAUCACCAUCAUCAUCAUCAUCAUCAAAUAAUAAUGAUGAUAAUAAUACUUUACAAAAAACUUGUAAAUCAAUGUAUCCUUCAACUCAUAGAUGUAUAAAUUUAGGUGAAAAUACGUUUGGUGUAACAACAAAUGAAAAUCAAAGAAAUUAUUAUACACUUUCAAUCGAUCAACCUUCAAUUUAUUUCUUUCAAUUUCCAUCAUUAUUUUUAACAACUUCAAUAUUUAUUUCAGAUUCUUUAUUAAAUUUAUAUCCAAAUGAAUCAACUUCACAAUGGUUUAAAAAAGAUUCUUAUGAAAAUUAUUUUACACUUUAUUUAGAACCAAAAAAUAAUAAAAGUGAUUUAAUAAUUUAUAUUGGUGUAUUUAGUUAUUUACCAACAAAUUAUUCAUUUUGUGUUACUAGAAAUGGAUUUAUGUUUCCAAAUUUACUUUCAGAAAUGUCAAUACAACAAGGUGCAUUCUCAUUAGCUUCGACGAGUAUAUUCUUACCAAUUGGUAAGAAUAUGAAUGAUAGUGAUUAUUUUUAUACAUGUAAUAGUCAAGCAGAGUGUAACCCAUUUUCAAUAUUAUACCCAACAAUUGAUAUUAAUCCGCUUUGGCCAGUGCCACCAGUACUUUAUGGUGUUGAAGAUUUUGAUUUUAAAAGUGUUUUAUAUACAAGUGAGGGUUAUCAUGGAUUUGGUAUUAUAAAUUCGAAAUUUAAAUUAAGAUCUUACCAAGUUGCAAUACUAUUAAAAUAUGAUAAUGGUAAAGGUGAUAGAAAGGAGUAUAUCUCUUAUGAUGAGGUGUUGCAAUCGUCAAUUCAAUUUCUUUCUACUUUAACCGACUCUAGAGGAAAGUUAAUUGAUUUUAAAGUUACAGGAUUCCAAGAUGUUACAAAUAUAACUUGUAAUCAUACUGAAUUUAAAAGAGUGUUGGAUUUAGUGGACCAUCAAAGUUCUUUGAUUUUAAAUAGUCUUGUUUCUCCAUCAUUGAAUGAAUUAAAUAAUUGGAGAUAUGAAUUGGGCGUGUUAAUGUUGAAUGACGCUUGGAUUGGGUGCAGUAGUAAGGUAAAGGAUAUGUUGGAUAUUAGAUUAGUUACAAAGAAUAUUUCAUCCUAUUUCUGUCCUUGGCAAGUGGGUGAUAUUGAAUUCUCAACUGAUCCAUGUUGCAAUUCAACUCAUCAAUAUUAUCGUUGUUGUAACCCGAGAUAUGUUGAAACUCAGGUAUACGAAUUCCAUGGUAUUAUCAAUGACGUGGCACAGAAUCAAUGUAAUUCAGACUCACUCGAUUGUUCAUUAUCAGUGCUUGAAGAGUAUGGCAAUUAUCUAACUACUGACGACCAACUAUGCGGCGAUCCUUCCACCACAUCCACCGAAAUCCAAUACUCGCUCUACUACUCCCUAAGAAAUUGCAAAGACAUCACAUUGAUACCACCAUAUUGUAAGAAUGAUUCAGAGUGUACCCAAUUCUCACCAAAUGGGAGAUGUGACCUUUUCACAAGGAAAUGCUUCUUGGAUUAUGAAAUAUUGGAUAGAAUGUAUGUUGAUUGCAUAUUUCAAGAAUUAUCACCUGCAACUCUAUUCUCAUUUGUUUCAUCAACUACUUUUAAUAGUACAACAAUUGAUAAUAAAUAUAAACAACAUUUCACUGAUGAUUGUGUUGGUUCAAAAGGUAGUAGUUUUCCAAUUCGUACAACUUAUGCCUAUGCAACCAAUGAUCCAUAUGUUGGUAUAAUACCAGCUACAAAUUGUCUUGACAAAUCUUGUAAAACCAUUUACAAUUCAUUAUUUGAUAUUUAUUAUUCAGGUUGGACUUUUACAAGAGAAUGGAGAGUUAAUGAAAAUACUUGUUCAGAUUUUGUAACAUGUCCACAAAUUAAUUGUCAAUCAACAUUAAAUCAAAAUUUAAAUUGUAAAUAUUUAUGUGAUCAACAAGAUUCUUUAGAUUUUUGUGGUUAUUGUAGUAGUAGUAGUAGUGGUAGUAUUGAUAACACUACCACUACCAAUAGUACAUGUUUUAACUUUUUAGAAUUAAAUAAUUCAAUAUCAUGCGAAAAUAGUGAUCCAAUUUGUAUAUUAUCAAAUGGUGAUUAUUUAUAUAAUCUUAGUAAAGAAGAAUGUGAAUUAUCAUCAUCAAUUGGUAGUUGUACUCAUUCAUGUGGAUUCGAAUGUAUUGGUGUUAGUAGACUUUGUAUAUUUGGUGACUCUAAUAAAACAACUUGUGAAAAUAAUGGUUACCUUUGGAAUGGUGUUGAUGGAUAUUGUGUUGAUUUAUCAUCAACUACUGAAGAGCAAUGUUAUGGUAAUUAUAAUGCAUCUUCUUCUUCCUCAUCCUCUUCUCCCUCUUCUGAUAGUCGUCCACUUUGGGUAGAUUGUCCAAAUAGAUCAACAGAUCUAUGUAGUGAUGGUUUCUUUUGUGAUCUUAAAGAGGUACCAUGUAAAACUAAAGAACAAUGUGAAUCAAUUGGUGGUGAAUGUUCAGAUAUAUUUUUCUUUAAACCAGAGAAUGUUCAAUAUUAUCCAUUUGGAUUUGGUAAAUGUGUUACAAAUCAUACAUUCCUUCAAAGAGAUAAUUCAAAGACAGUAUCUUGUCCAAAUGGUCAAGUUGAUUCACCAAAUGGUUGUUUCUAUCAAUCACCGGUUUAUAAAACAAAAGCUCAAUGUUUAGAUACACCAGGUAAUAGAUGGUGGACACCUUCAGAUAAUAGAUCACAAUGUCUAUCGAAUGAAAAUCAAGGUUGUAGAAUAAUGGAUGUGGAUUCAUUUGCAAAUUUACCAUUUAAUUUCAAAUUCAAUGAAAUGGAUCAACAUCAAUGUGAAGGUUGUAGACAACUUUUACCAAGUUCCUCCAAAUGGACUGAUAAAUUCAAAUGGACAAAUGCAACUUGGUUACCUGGUAUUCAUAUUGAUAAACCAAAAUGGUAUAGAAAUUUAACUUCAACCCCUCGUGUAUUUAAAUCAACAUUUAACUAUCAAAGUUUUUAUCUAGAUUUAGUUGAUGCAGUUGGAAGACAAACUGCUGAUUUCUAUAGAUCUCAAACAUUUUGUAAAAAAGAAAAGAAUCAAAAUAGUUUAAAUUCAUUAGUUUGUAGUUGUUCAGGUGAUGCUGGUGGUGGUAUAACAAAUAAUUGUUUUAAUUCGUCAACUCCAUUAUUAGGUUUAACAAAUCAAUGUAAUGGUGAAUCAUCUAUAUUAGGAUUUGCAAAUGGGUUUGUAAAUUUAACUGAUAAUUCAGUAUUACCAGGUUGCCAAAUUAUAACCAUUUCUUUAGUUUCAAAAUCAAUAUUCACUUCAACAGUACCUGAAUCAUUGGCAUCAAGUUUCGUAUCCUAUAAUAAACCUGAUAACUAUGGUGUAAUCAAUUCAAAUGGUGCAAUCAUUGGUACACUAUUAAUGGAUGGUAUAAUGAUUAAAUCUGAACAAAACAUUCAAUUGAUGGUGGUAUGUUUUGAUAUUACCAAUAUUGCACAGAGUGAUAAAUAUCCAUCUUUUGAUUUCGCCACAAAUUACAAUAGUACAAGUGCAAUGGGUUCCUUAUAUCCAAUGACUGUUGAAACUUAUUUAGUCAAAGAUCCCGAUGGUAUCACUUAUAUGUGUUCAAAUCUAUCAAAUGUUCAACCGGAAACCAUCAUCUUUAUGAUCAAUAUAAUGGGUGGUGAUUGGAUGGAUCAAUCAAAAGAAUUAUUCGAUUCAACUACAAAAUCACUUUUAUAUUUCUUGGCUGUCCUAUUCUUAUUAAUUGGUUGUUUUGGUUGCUAUCAAAUAAUUUUAAUAAUUUUCAUUGGUUAUAGAUCGAAAAGUGGUAAUAAUAUUAAUAAUACUAGUAGUGGUAGUGUUGGUGGUGGCGGUGGUGGUGGUAUCGGUGGUGAUCAUCAAGUUCAAAUAACUCAUAUUUUAACUGGACUAAUAACAUUGUUUAUUAUGUUAAGAUCAAUUUAUUUCUUUGUUAUGCCAGGUGGCUAUCUUUCAUCUAGUCCCGUUGCAGAUUAUAUUUUAGUGGUUUUACCAACAUUUAUUUAUUUCUCAGCUUUUAUAGUUAUGAUAGUGAUUUGGUAUAUCAUUGUAUUCAUGGUGUUAAAGAAUUAUUCAAUGGCAGGCUCAAGAACUAAAAGACUCUAUACUAUUGUUUUCGGUGUAAAUGUAGUGCUAUAUAUACUUUUCAUCAUUGUAGUACUAGUAUUCCAAUAUACUCAUUAUUCACCAAACAAUUAUUGUGGCGCAAGAGUUGUUGUGCAAAUGAAAAAUUCCAAACCCCAAAUUAUAGUCUCCAUUCUUUACGCUGUAAUUCAAGCUAUCCUUUCACUUGUACUAGGUUCAUCAUUUGCAUACCUCGGUUCUUCUUUAUAUUUAACUUUAAAAAAGGCUAAUUUCUCUUCACUUAAAGCUUCUAGAAGCUCACAAAAAUCAAUUAGAAUUUUCAUUUUAACAGUGGUUUGUAGUAUUGGUUUCUUAUUACAUUGGGUUUUUAUAUUAAUUUUGGUAAGCUCAGAAAUCAAUUCAAUAGCUUUCACUUUUGUUGGUUUAUUAUUAACUGAAAUUUUACCAGCUGCCUCAAUAUUGUAUUGUUUUCAAACAAGAAAUAAUCAAAAUAAUGAAACAACUCUCAAUAGUGGUAAAAAUUUCCCACUCUCUUCUCUUGGUUCAACAAAAACUAAAAAAUUAAAAACAAAAUCACCAAAUUUACCAAUUAUUAAUUAUAACUCUAAUAGUGUACCACCUUCUCCAAUUAUAGAACCAACUAAUAAUAAUAAUAAUAAUAAUAACAAUAAUAAUAAUAAUAAUAAUAAUAAUAAUAAUAGUAAUAAUAUUAAUAAUGAUAAUGAUAACAAUAAUAAUCAACAAAAUUCAUUAUCUAUGGGUGUAAAUCAAGAAAGAAAUAAUAUUAAUUCAAGUAAUGAAAUAAAUAAUAUUUAA